AUGGCCACGCUGGCUUGCCGGGUGCAGUUCUUGGACGACACGGACCCUUUCAACAGCACCAACUUCCCCGAGCCCAGCCGGCCGCCGCUGUUCACGUUUCGCGAGGACCUCGCUCUCGGCACCCAGCUGGCCGGGGUCCACCGGCUGCUGCGGGCGCCGCACAAGCUCGAUGACUGCACGCUGCAGCUCUCACACAAUGGCGCCUACCUGGACUUGGAGGCCACCCUGGCAGAGCAACGGGACGAGUUGGAAGGCUUCCAGGAUGAUGCUGGGCGGGGCAAGAAGCACAGCAUCAUCCUGAGGACACAGCUGUCUGUGAGGGUCCACGCCUGCAUCGAAAAACUGUACAACUCCAGUGGGCGAGAUUUAAGAAGGGCGCUUUUCUCCCUGAAGCAGAUAUUUCAGGAUGACAAAGAUUUGGUGCACGAAUUUGUGGUGGCUGAAGGUCUGACAUGUUUGAUCAAGGUGGGAGCUGAGGCGGACCAGAACUAUCAGAACUACAUUCUGAGGGCUUUGGGCCAAAUUAUGUUGUAUGUGGAUGGGAUGAAUGGAGUAAUAAACCACAAUGAAACCAUUCAGUGGCUAUACACGCUCAUUGGGUCAAAGUUCCGGCUGGUGGUGAAGACAGCCCUGAAGCUGCUGCUCGUCUUUGUGGAGUACUCCGAGUCAAAUGCACCUCUUCUGAUCCAGGCUGUCUCUGCUGUGGACACAAAAAGGGGAGUCAAACCCUGGUCAAAUAUCAUGGAAAUCCUGGAGGAAAAAGAUGGGGUCGACACAGAGCUGCUGGUUUAUGCAAUGACUUUAGUGAACAAGACUCUGUCUGGAUUGCCAGACCAAGACAGCUUCUACGAUGUGGUGGACUGCCUAGAAGAACUGGGCAUUGCGGCCGUGUCCCAGCGGCACUUGAACAAGAAAGGGACCGACCUGGACUUGGUGGAGCAACUGAACAUUUACGAGGUGGCGCUGCGGCUGGAGGAUGGCGAUGAGACGGCAGAGCCGCCCCCCAGCGGGCGCCGGGACCGGAGGAGGGCCAGCGUGUGUUCCGGCGGCGGCGGCGCGGGCGAGCAGCGGGGCCUGGACCGCAGGCGCAGCCGCAGGCACUCGGUGCAGAGCACCAGCAGUCCCGUGUCGGCCCCCACCAGUCCCUGCUCCCAGUCGGCUCCCGGCUUCAAGCCCAGCCAAGUCGGAGAGCACUGUGAAAAGGAAGAGGAGAAGGAGGAAGAGGAAUGGCCAGUCACGGAGCCCGAUUCAGAGGAAGAGAGAGAGGACGAUGCCCCCUGUCAGGGCAAGGACAGCAGAGAGGCCAGACCUGCCUCGGAGCAGAGUCCCGCCAGCAAGGAUGCUGCUCCCGAGAGCUCAGCCCUCUCCAGUGCCACCUCGCAGGGAAAGUGGCUUCCGGCCAGCACUGCGGUGGGGAGUCCCUUGCACAGCGGGUCCUCCGGGGCUGCCCUUCUGUCACCGCCCUUGACCCCUGCCUCGGCCUCCCGGCCUUCCUCCACUGCACCCGGCCCCCCGAAGGCAUCACCGACCAUAGAGAAGCUGCCCUAUGUGCCCCACAGCCCUUUCCACCUCUUCUCCUAUGACUUCGAGGAUUCGCCCUUGUCCGCCAAGGAAAAGGAGGCUGAGUCCCUGAAGGAAAGCAGUCCCUCUGAUUCUCUCCAUUUGGGCACGUAUUCUGCCUGUGAACCUUACAACUUCCGGUCUUUCUCUUCUAAUAGAUACAGCAGCCUUGGCAACACCUCUCAUCACUCAAGACCUUCUGGAUCUGCUGUGCCCGCCACCCCCACGCCAUCUCUCUCACCCCCAGAGGAAGCCAGGCUGGAAAGGUCAUCACUGAGUGGCCUUCUCACCUCACCCUUUAGACAGCACCAAGAGUCAUGGGCAGCAGAGAGAGCACGGCGGCGGCAGGAGAGAGAAGAAAGACUGCAGAGAAUAGAACGGGAAGAAAGGAACAAAUUCAACCGAGAGUAUUUAGACAAAAGAGAGGAGCAAAGACAAGCAAGAGAAGAAAGAUACAAAUACUUGGAACAGUUGGCAGCCGAGGCGCACGAGAAGGAACUGAGAAGCCGGAGUGUGAGCCGGGGCAGAGGUGACCUCUCCUUGGACCUGACCUCCCCGGCAGCCCCUGCCUCCCCCACCUCUCUGCACAGGAGCCCUCCAUCUCUAGACUCACAAGAGGCUCUCCCGGGAGCCGCCUCCUCUCCGGGAACAGCUCAGCAUCCCCAAGCGAGUGCUGGGGAUCCUGAGCCUGGACCGGAGGCGGAGGUGGGGCAGGGUACGCAUGAGGCGAGCCCAGAAGUAGCGCCGGCCCGCGUGGCAGCGGAGAAGGAAGUGGAGCGCGCGCUGGAACAAGAGCUGGAAGAGCGGGCCGCCCUCAGUGAGAAAGAGAGGCAGAGCGAGGAGGUGAACGAGAAGGACAACUGCUCUGCCUCCAGCAUCUCGUCCUCCAGCAGCACGUUGGAGAGGGAGGAGAAGGAGGACAAGCUCUCCAGGGACAGGGGACCUGGCUUGUGGUCGGCGGGUGUUCAGGAUGCCGGUGUAAAUGAACAGUGUGGCGACAUCCUCACCAACAAACGGUUCAUGCUGGACAUGCUGUAUGCCCAUAACAGAAAGCCCACGGAUGACGAGGAGAAGGGGGAGGGCGAGAGCGGGAGGACCGAGCCCGGUGCGGAGGCGGUGGCCAGCCUGGCUAGCAGGAUAUCCACCCUGCAGGCCAAUUCUGUGGCCCAGGAUGAGAGCGUCAGGAGGGUGGACGUUGGCUGUCUGGACAAUCGGGGCAGUGUGAAAGCCUUCGCUGAGAAAUUCAACAGCGGGGACCUAGGGAGAGGGUCCGUCUCCCCUGACCCCGAGCCUAAUGACAAGGUCCCAGAGAAAGCAUCCACACAGCCGAAGACAGAAUCUGACUACAUCUGGGACCAGCUCAUGGCCAACCCGAGGGAGCUCAGAAUCCAAGACAUGGACUUCACCGACCUGGGGGAGGAGGAUGAUGUGGACGUCCUGGACGUGGACCUGGGUCCCAGGGAGGCCCCGGGGCCGCCGCCCCCACCCCCGCCCACCUUUCUGGGUUUGCCGCCCCCGCCCCCACCGCCCCUGCUGGACAGCGUGCCUCCCCCUCCAGUCCCUGGUAAUUUAUUGGCUCCUCCUCCAGUAGUCAACGCUCCUCAGGGCUUAGGGUGGCCCCAGGUCCCCCGGGGUCAGCCGGCAUUCACCAAGAAAAAGAAGACCAUCCGUCUCUUCUGGAAUGAAGUGCGGCCGUUCGAGUGGCCAUGUAAGAACAACCGGCGCUGCAGAGAAUUCCUGUGGUCGAAACUGGAACCCAUCAAGGUGGACACUUCCAGGCUGGAGCACCUGUUUGAGUCUAAAUCUAAGGAACUGUCCGUCUCCAAGAAAACUGCUGCAGAUGGAAAAAGGCAGGAGGUCAUCGUCCUAGACCCCAAGAGGAGCAAUGCCAUUAAUAUUGGCCUGACAGUGCUGCCCCCUCCGAGAACAAUUAAGAUAGCCAUUUUGAAUUUUGAUGAAUAUGCCUUAAACAAAGAAGGAAUUGAGAAAAUUCUGACCAUGAUUCCCACUGAAGAAGAGAAGCAGAAGAUCCAGGAGGCGCAGCUGGCCAACCCUGAUGUGCCACUGGGCAGUGCUGAGCAGUUCCUCCUCACGCUCUCCUCCAUCAGCGAGCUCUCGGCUCGGCUCCACCUCUGGGCAUUCAAAAUGGAUUAUGAAACAACAGAAAAGGAAGUGGCAGAACCACUUUUGGAUCUGAAGGAAGGAAUAGACCAACUGGAGAACAAUAAAACCUUGGGCUUUAUCCUGUCUACUCUCUUAGCCAUUGGGAACUUUCUAAAUGGAACUAAUGCCAAAGCGUUUGAGUUAAGCUACCUCGAGAAGGUUCCAGAAGUCAAAGACACCGUGCACAAGCAGUCACUUCUCCACCACGUGUGCACCAUGGUGGUGGAAAACUUCCCAGACAGCUCUGAUCUGUACUCUGAGAUCGGGGCUGUCACCAGGUCAGCCAAGGUUGACUUUGAUCAACUUCAGGAUAAUUUAUGUCAGAUGGAGAGAAGAUGCAAAGCUUCAUGGGAUCACCUCAAGGCAAUUGCAAAACAUGAAAUGAAACCAGUUUUAAAACAGCGAAUGUCAGAGUUCCUAAAAGACUGUGCAGAGCGAAUUAUAAUUUUAAAGAUUGUCCAUCGAAGAAUAAUUAACAGGUUCCAUUCCUUUUUGCUCUUUAUGGGUCACCCACCUUAUGCAAUUCGGGAAGUGAACAUAAACAAGUUCUGCAGGAUCAUUAGUGAAUUUGCACUGGAGUAUCGUACCACCAGGGAAAGGGUUUUGCAGCAGAAACAGAAACGGGCCAACCACAGAGAGAGAAAUAAGACCAGAGGGAAGAUGAUCACCGACACUGAUGAAGAGGAUGAAGUAGAGUCUGGCAAGUUCUCUGGCAGCCCUCCAGCACCCCUGAGCCAGCCGCAGGGCCUGAGCUACGCGGAGGACGCCACGGAGCAUGAGAACAUGAAGGCUGUGCUGAAGACCUCGUCACCUGCCAUGGAAGACACCACCCCGGUGCUGGGCGUCCGCACCCGCAGCCGAGCAAGCCGAGGAUCCACUAGUUCCUGGACGAUGGGAACCGAUGACUCCUCUAACGUCACAGAUGAUGCAGCCGAUGAGAUCAUGGAUCGCAUCGUCAAGUCGGCCACACAGGUGCCCAGUCAGCGGGUGGUGCCUCGGGAGAGGAAGCGCUCCCGGGCCAACCGGAAGUCUCUGCGAAGGACCCUCAAGAGCGGCCUGACUCCAGAAGAAGCCAGGGCCCUGGGCCUGGUUGGCACCACAGAGUUGCAGCUGUGACGUCUGGGGGCACCCUAAGAAGUGUGCCCAAGAGCGCAAACUCCUGCUGGACAGAAUCCCUCCAGUUGGAGGUGAAGAGACUCGACACUAACAUCUGCAGGUUCUGAAGGGGAGUGUCCAUUUCUAGGUGUCUGCGUGUCGCGCCCUGGACAUUGAUGGAGCUCUCUGAGAGUCUCCUCCUCACGCUUCCUACGUUGUGUCAGCUGUGUUUCUCUUGUUUCCUUGACACCUGGUUUAGUAGUUCUGAAGUGUGACACCUUUUCUGUGCAAGGAGCAGCCCUUUUAAGGAGCAGAUCACUCUGUCACAGUUCCUGUGGUCAUAUGAGGCAGUUUGAUUAGGUUCGCAGACUGGGUCUCUCCACAGCACCAAAAUAUCCUGAUGGAAACUCCAAAAUUGUACACAAAAAGAAAGCACAGAUUGUUUACCAGUUGUGGAUUUUAGAUGUACUAAAUGUUUAUACAAAUUCAUAAAUGUACACCAUGUUUCGAAUACUAAAUAAAUAGAGUUUAAUGCCAUAACUGGAAACUUUUCUUCUCUUGGGUGUAAGGCCUUAGACAGCUCCAAAGCCUCACCUUCUGAAUCAGGGAAACCUCUUCUCAGGUUCAUCAGAAGGACUGAUGGCUUGGAAUGGCCUCGAGGCCCUUUGGCUUUCUUGUUGUUGUUUGUUUUUUUGUGUGUUAAUAGAGUGGGAAGUGCCUGCCAACGUGCUCUUUGUAACUCCUUAUUAGGCUUCAGUGUUUGUGCAGGACCUGUGAGCAAUGACCUCAUGUAGAUCACCUUAUCCAUGGAGUACUUUUGUUUUGCUCCAUUGUAAUGCUGAUGCAAAAAUUAGAGUAGCAUUUAAAAACUGAACUAUUCUGGAACUCUUUUUUUACGUAAAAAUUCACUUUCUCCAAAAAUUUACUAAGUCCCCAAAACAAAAUGGAAAUUUAAAAUUUUGUCUACAGAGAACCUCAGAGUGACAGAUGUAGUCCUUGACACUCGAGUACCGGUCAUCAGAAGCUAAGGUGUCCA